CUCCUCCAGGCGUCGGGAAGACGCUGCACUUCCCAGGCCCCACCUGCCGCGGCUCGGGUUCCGAGCCCACAGCUCACCGCCGGCGCCCGGGCGCUGCCGAGGCCCAGGGCGCGCCCGAUUGGCGUCUGCCAGUGCCAAGGCUGUGCUGCCGACGCAGCCGAGGCGCCAGAGGCGGACGCCGGGCCUCGGGGCCGCUGCCCUCGCUUUCUCUUCGUUGUUGCGGACGCCUUCCGCUCAGGAGGCGCCCCGCGACCGGCGCGAUGAGUGCCAACGAGGACCAGGAGAUGGAACUAGAAGCAUUACGCUCUAUUUAUGAAGGAGAUGAAAGUUUCCGGGAAUUAAGUCCAGUUUCUUUUCAAUAUAGGAUAGGUGAAAAUGGUGAUCCCAAAGCCUUCUUAAUAGAGAUUUCCUGGACAGAAACAUAUCCCCAAACACCUCCAAUUAUAUCUAUGAACGCUUUUUUUAACAACAACAUAUCAUCAGCUGUAAAGCAGAGUAUAUUAGCCAAACUACAGGAAGCAGUAGCAGCUAACCUGGGAACCGCUAUGACCUAUACGUUGUUUGAAUAUGCCAAAGACAAUAAAGACCAAUUCAUGGAGAACCACAAUCCCAUCAAUUCCACAACAACGAUAAGCAAUAUCAUCUCAAUUGAAACUCCUAAUACAGCCCCAUCAAGUAAGAAAAAAGACAAGAAAGAACAACUUUCAAAAGCCCAGAAGCGUAAGCUGGCAGAUAAAACAGAUCACAAAGGAGAACUUCCUCGAGGCUGGAACUGGGUUGAUGUUGUGAAGCAAAUUUGCCAACCCCUACCAAAGAUUUUUCUCAGAAAAAAAUUGCAACACAAAAAUAAGACUCUUAUCAUGUUUUCAAGUUAAGCAAAACUGGCUCUAAGGAUGAUGAGUAGCACUUGGAAUUUGAGACGAAGAAAGAGCAUUCUUUAAAAAGUAAACUGGGUUCAAAAUCUUCCAUUGCUAUUUUCUGGUAUUGAGGUGGCUUUUUAUAAAACACAAAUUUUUGUAUGUUUCUUACAUUAAAAAUGUUGUAAGUUGAAAGUUCAUGAAGAGAUCUGGUUAUAUUAAAUUAUUUUCACAAACUUGCCUUAAUAAAAGGUGAAAAUGUUACUGUUUAGUGUACUUUAUGAAGCCUCUUGAGCUUUGUAAAUGGACAGGCAUGGGUAAUAAGAAUCAGUGUUAAUUUAUAUGCUCUUAUCCUGGUGGAUGUGAUAUUUUCUUAAAGGAGUAUGAAGCCUUUUUCAAACCAUCACCCCAGUGGAGCAGAGUACUAAAUGAAUAAUUACUCCAUAGUGCAAUCCAUAUUAAUAGUCUUCUCAUCUUACAUAAAGUCUUCAUUUCUUCUUUUGCUUAAUUACUGAACCAUAAAUUGCUUCAGAGAAAUUCAAAUGCUGGUAUUUGAACUUUAUUCAUGAUAUUCUUUGCAGUUUCUUUUAAUUUUUGAAAGGUGAACUGCUUCCCUUGAAUAAAUUAAUAUCUAUUUACACUUUUGAUUUGGAUCAAGAUGUUUGAUCAUGAGUGCUUUGAAUGAUAUGUGGAAUAGGAGAAUAUGAAAACAAAUCUGCCAAAUACACUAGAAAGCAUUGUAAUAAGAAAUGCUGGCUCUCACUUAAAACAUUCUCUUUUGCAUAUACCAGGAUGGGAGUAAAAGAUGCCUUAAUAUUUAAUUUUUGUAUUGUUGGAGACAUUGAUUUUAAUAAAAUCCUAUUUAUCUGCUGUUGUGUGCUUUUAGUUGUUGGAUAACUGGGGUCUCCUAAAUGGUUCAACAUAAAACUACAUUUCAAGUCUUUUUUCUUUUUGGAGUGUCUUUUCAAGUACUCAAAUGUAUUUUGCAACCUGAGCAUCUUUUUAAUCAUAUACGUGGGAGUCUUUUAAAUGCUCAACUGUUAUACGUGCUUGAUUUAAAAAAAAAAAAAAAUAGAGGAAACUAUUGGUCUAGUUGUACCAAGAAAAGUUUCUGAUGUUUGUGUGUGUUGUACAGUGAUUUUGUAUAUGUGCCCAGCUUUAAGAAUACAUAAAACUACUGUUAUAUGUGGUAGGGAGAUUGUUAGCUUCUCAAGUUACACCUGUGCUUGGGUCUGAGUUUUUAUAGAAUAAUACUCGUUUAAAGAAGUUAAGAGCAGUUUGUUGUAUCCGUGGUUUUUACUGGUUAACUGACUUCAGCUAAAUAGUUUGAAUUAUAGAGUAAGUAUAAUUACAGCGAAGAAGUUAAUCUCAUUUUCAAAAGCCGAAUCACAUUUUAUUUCUUGAAUUAAUAUAGAGCAAAACAUGAUAAAAUUCAGGGCAACUGGAAUUCGCCAACUUUUGUUUCAGGGUUGUAUGUGGGUAGUGUCUGUUGUAUUGGUUUGUUUUUUUGUUUUUGAAGAAACAUCUGCUAGUGGAAUAAAAUACUUGGUUUUGCUCUGAGGAUUCUGAAAUUGUUCAGGCUUAUUAUGGCUCAUAGAUUACAGAGAAUGAUGCUAGUUACAUGCCAAUGAACUAUUUUUACUCUUUUUAUAUGAAAUGUACAAAUUUCUAGGGGUGGUGGUGACGGUGGUGCCUCUUAUUUCCUUAUGUGAAACACUUGAACAGUCUCAUCAAUAUUGCCGUCAUCCGUUUAACACGCCCAGUAUAUUUUCUCAAUGUCUGUCUACUUAAAUUUUGUGGAGCAUCACAAUUCGUAAGCAAUAAAGUCUGAAUUAUACA